AUUUUGAAGCACUUCCCGUCUGUCUCGUUUUGAUUCUAGUCUCUGGUUUAUUUUGUAGUACUUCCUGUUUAUACUCUGAUCACAGCUGUUGUUCCUGUCACUACCGGUUCUCAUUAGACACACCUGACAAUAAUCAGUAAUCCGCGUCUGUAUAUAGUCUCCACCUCACACACUCUCUAGUUGCCAGAUUGUUUGCGUGCAUUCACAAUCAUCCAGCAUUUUGUUCUUGUCCCGACCUGUGGUUCUGAUCUUGUUUUGCCUGCCGUUACCGAGUCUUGCCUGAUCCCUGCCUGCAUCGUCUGCUGAACCUGUCUGGUAAAUACCCUGCCUGUCUUAUGAUUACGAUUCUGCCUGAUCCUGAUCGGUACUGCUAUCUCUGCCUACACGGUUAACGAACCAUGUUUGUCCACGGAACUGAGCCUGCCUGAACCCUUGUGUUGAACAUUUUUGCUUACCCGUGAAUGACCCUGCCUGACUCUGCAUUUCUGGAAUAAAUCCCUUUUUGUAACAUCCAAAGCUAUUUUUUGCCGUGCAUGUGGAGCUGCCAUCUAUGACGUUCUGACACUCAGUGUGCGCUCUACCAUAGUAGGUGGCGGUAAUGCACCUUUCAGUGUGUUGCCACCUGCCAUUUAAAAGACAAAAGAAGAAGUCACUCACUGUGACAUGAAUUGACAUGGGGCCAUUCAGAAAGUGCUCCUUUGUUGGUUGUUCCAACCAGCAUUGCAUCUUUUUUAUUUCACCAGUGUAACAAGAAAGGAGAACUUUAUGGAUAAAAUUUUUUGUAAAUGGGCUGGUGCCGGCACCGCUGACUAAAUGCUUAUUUUUGUGUGGACACCAUUUCACCUCCGUCUGCUUUGAAAUCAAGGGUAUAUUUAUUACUGUGCUUGAGGUUGAAGAAGCGCUCCAUUCCUACAAGACGUGAUCCACUUGCUGCUUCCCCAAAUACUGACGCAUCCCAACUACCGAAACGCGAGGAGGUUGCUUCUCAAACUGACGCCACUGCAGGCUGUGGAGACACGCGGCUACCUUGUAGAAGAGUUGCUGCUCACCUCAGGAGCAACGGUAUGCACAUUUAACAGCAGUGUAAUCAUUUGUUGGCCAAUAUGCAGUUUUAUUUGACAGAGAUUUUGGAUUUCACAUUUCAGUAGUUGUAGUAUUCAUAAUCUGAUCUAUAUUUUUGUCUAUAUAUUUACUCUGUAUGCAGUUGAUCAACAUUUGAUAUUUUAGUCUUUUUAUGGGUAAUUUGUAAUUCUAAUGUUAUGGUGCAGAUUAUGUGGAAAAGCUGAUGAACAGCCACAGGUGCGUUUGAUGACAGAGAGACAAUUUAUGUCUUCCGACCCUGGACCGAAGCAAACUGCACAGAAGUGUGCAAAAGCUUAGGUGAUGCAAAAUUAGAUGUGGACGCCUGGGUUGAUAAAUAUCGCCAGCUGAUUGAUUCGUUUGGACUCAAUGGCUGGGAAGUUGAUCAAACUUUCAAAAAGUCUCUGACCUUCAAUUGGGGCAGAGUGAAGGGUGACUUUACUGGAAAAGAUGUACGUGACACAAAUCUUCCAGCUUAAAGCAGUGCAUUGAAACACCAAGUAGAGAUGGUGCAUGAAAACAUGAAAAAGCUGUGGAAAAAAACCCCCGACUAUGCUAAAAUUGCGCAAUGCAGACAGAAAGAAGGUGGAGAUGUGUUUGAGUACAGAGCGCGGUUAGAGGAAGUGUUUCGAAACCACAGCGGUUUAACCGAGGACACCGCUGAUGACUCACCCUAUCAGCAGCAGCUAAAACAAGUGCUGAUAGCGGGUUUUCACCACACCAUAGCUGAUUUCAUCCGAAAGCAUGAUGUAAACUACCGCACAGCUAAUGUACCUAAUACCAUAACCUAUGCUCACCACGCAUCUGAAAUCAUCAAAAGAAAGAAACGGAAAGCCAAAGCAGCCGUGUUUGGGUUGUUUGGGAGGUCAGAUGAAGGUAAAGGAGAAGAGUUCAACACUUUCUUUCAGAACUCAGUACCUGGAAAGCUGUUCCACAAGAGAAAGAUGGGUGAACAGGAGAAGAGUAGGAUGCGCCCCCAAAAAACAGGCAGAUGCUUCAUCUGCGACCAGCCAGGGCACUAUGCCAGACAGUGCCCCCGUAGACCUAGCCACCCUGACAAAGUCUUUAGAACUCCCAAAGAGUUUAACAGACCACACCCACGAAAUCCACACAUGAGCUGACUAGAUUUAAAUAAUUCAUUGGUAAAACCAGCAGGUGAUGAUGCAGAGACACUGGACCUCACACAGUCGGUAGACUCCUUUUUAAUUUACAUCAGCUGACCAGCUCCCCACUAGAGAUUUCCUUCUUAACGGUACGCAACUUACUUUUUUGUGUGACUCAGGAGCUGACAAAACUGUGCUGAGAGAUAAGAUUCCCGGACUCCAGAGUUCUUCCCGGUUCAUUUUUGUUAAAUCAGCAAGUGGACUGGUGACCAAAGAUUCUUUUUCAAAGCCAAUUAUGUUCACUGACCCUAAGACUGGGGAGUCUGAGCGUGCCGAAGUGGUGCUGAGUCCAAAGUGUCCUGUGAUUUGAUGACACGAUUUAAAAUCUCUAUUGUCCCCACUUCCAAAGGUAUGGUUGCUAUAGGCAAGGGUGAAGAAAUACUGACCCUACCAUUACAUAGCAUUGAAGAACCACAUUACUACUGGACAUUAGAUCUACCAAGUCCAGACCCCACACGCACUUCCGAACAGUUAUUGUCACUAGCUAUGCAGUGUCAGAAGGGACCCUUUACAACUCAGUCUUUAGAGAAGUUUCACAUUACCUUAAGAUACAAACAUUCACCAGGGCCAGACUUUGAUUAUGACAGCCAGAUUUUUAAUUUAGGCCCCCAGAGCGUGACUCUAAAUGCCAUGUACACUGACAAAAAGGGCAUGACAGGGUGUGCAGUUCAGCUCAGCGAGCAAGCACUUGAACUUUUCCAAGUGCAGGGUUUUACCCCUCAUGUGUCUGUAACCAAAGCUCCACUGCAGAAGUGGAAUGACAUCGGGGACUUCGUCUUUAGCGCAGCACAAAUCCCCUGUUGGAAGGACAUCGGGGAUGGUUGGCUGAUUGGCGAACCGACACGUUCCAUCUAUAUGAGACCUUUAGGAUGGGUAGUAACUACCUCUCCCCGUGUCUAUUUGGAUGUCCCACAUGAGACGGGAAUGACUUGCUUUGUGCACACUGCCUGAUCCCCUUUUAUCACAGGUUCCAGAUUCUUUUUGGUCGAAAGGGAAAGCAGAUGUAGGGUUAAUGACCACUGCCACACUAGUGGUGAUUAAAGCUAAACUGAUUACUGUCCCCACAUACUUUAAAAUCCACUGAAACCAGAUGCAUUAACCGUUACAAAACCAGUCAUUGAUGAUAUGAUAAAAGCAGGCAUUAUUAUAGAAUCCCCAGAUGCUCAGUGAAACACUCCGAUUUUUUUCUGUUAAGAAAGCAGAAUCAGGGGCAUGGAGAAUGGUUCAAGAUCUAAGAGCAGUGAACCAAGCAGUUGAGAGCUGUGCUCCAUGAUGCCCACACAUUACUUAACCAGCUAAAACCAGAUAAGCAAUGGUUCACAGUUGUGGAUCUGAGCAAUGCAUUCUUUACAUACCAUUAGCUAAAGAAACACAUGGAUGGUUUGGGUUCACUUAUCAGGGUAAAAAAUACACCUACACCAGGUUACCACAGGGAUAUUGUGACAGCCCAACCAUCUUUUCUCUACAGAAAUACAGAAUUGUCUUUCAGACUGUGAAAUGCCAGGCCAUAGUCAGUUGUUAGUUUACGUGGAUGACAUUUUUAUUGCUUCUGAUACUAAGCAAAACAACGAGAUUGCUGCACUUGCAUUGUUCCGCCAUUUAGCAAAGACGGUAAACAAAGCUUCACUUUCAAAGUUGCAGUGGGUCAAACAGACAGUGACCUUUUUAGGACAUGAACUGUCACCUUGCGGUCGCAGCUUUGCGGUCAACAGAAAAGCUUCUAUUUUAGAUGCUCCUAAACUGCAAACGAAACAGCAGAUGAUGCAGUUUCUAGGGUUAUGCAACUACUGCAGACUAUGGUUGCCGAGCUAUGCACAAAUAACACAACCGUUUUUAGAUGUGAUCUACUCCCAACCCAUGUCCAUGAAACAGAAUAUAGAGUGGACUUCAGAAGCUGAAGAAGCUUUCACUUUGUUGAAACAAGCUCUUACUUGUGCUACAGUAUUGAGUUUACCAGACUAUUCAAAACCGUUUGUUCAAACAGUUGAUUGUAAAGGCCAUUUCAGGACUUCUAUGUUGGCCCAACAAACAGGAGGCUGCUACAAGCCUGUAGCUUAUUAUUCCAAACGCUUAGACCCUGUUGCAUGCACUUUACCAUCCUGUGUACGAGCAGUGUGUGCAGCUGCCCUUGCAGUGCACUGCUUAGUGGAAGUGGUGUUGUUUCAGAACCUCAAGCUGCUAGUAACACACGCUGUAGACAUGCUGUUGACACAGACCAAGAUGUCCUUCCUGUCACCUGCACGACACCUUUCGAUUUUGUCAACACUUAUGUCACAGUCGCAUAUCACCAUCAAGCGGUGUAACACACUAAACCCUUCUACACUAAUUCCAACACAAGAGGAAGGGGAACAACACAGCUGCGCAGAAACCACUGAACAUAAGCGUAAACCACGGGCAGACCUGAGAGACACAGCUUUGACAUCGGGUGAGGUCUGGUUCGUUGAUGGUUCGUGUUCAUGGACAUCUACUGGACAGACUCAGACAGGUUUCUCAGUCGUGACCCAAGACAGUGUGAUUCACGCAGGAAAGCUUCUGUCACAUUUUUCAGCUGAAGCUGCUGAGAUAGUGGCUUUGACUGAAGCAUGCAAAGCAGGACGAGAUGUUGAUGUAACGAUUUAUAAUGACAGCCAGUAUGCAUUUUCCACACUCCACUAUUUCGCAGCUCAAUGGGCCCGUAGAGGAAUGACGACCUCUACUGGAAGGCCAGUGGAGCAUGCGGAUUUGUUGAAAGACUUGCUAAACGCUGUGUUAUUACCUAAGUCUAUUGCUGUGUGCAAAUGUGCUGCACACAGAAAACAGAAAGACCCUGUUUCACAGGGCAACGCUUUUGCUGACAAAAUAGCUAAAGAGGUUGCAGAAGGCAAACAUGGUGAUUUUGACCUUAACAGCUAUUUCACAAAGUCCUAAAGAACCUUUACACAUCCAGGUGAAUAAGGAUAUGCAAAGCCAAUCAACGACUUCUGAACAGAAAGGAUGGAUUAAGCUGGGCACAGCUUUAACGGAUGGAAUUUACAAAGUAGAUUAUGCAUAUGGACUUCAUUGAGUUGAACAAAUGCAACAACUACAAAUACUGUCUUGUGUUGAUAUGUCCGUUUUCCAAGUGGGUUGAGAUCGUGCCAAGCAAGAAUGCUGACGCACUGACAGUUGCUAAAGCAUUGUGCAAAAUCAUUAUUCCUGUACAUUACAUUCCACAGGUCAUCUACAGUGAUAAUAGGCCACACUUCGUGAACGAAGUGAUAAGACAAGUGGCCACCCACUUAGGCAUCACGUGGAAAAAUCACUGUUCUUACCACAGAGUGCAGGGCUGGUAGAACGCACACAUGGUACAGUUAAACUAAGACUGAAGAAAACAAUGGAACAGACUGGGAGGUCCUGGCCAGAGUGGCUGGACCUAGUAAAACUGUACAUGAGAAUCACUCCAACAGGGAAUGGUUUAACUCCUUUUGAGAUCAUUUAUGGUAGACCGUUUGUGUUACCUACUGUACCACGAAACCUGUUCCACACCGUUGCCGUGCUGAGCCAUGGCCCUUGCCACGUCUCCACAGGGGGGAUGAUGAGAAUGGUCGAACUUUUUCACACAUGGGUUUAAUUCCUAUGCCAUACAGUUGUGCAGAGCGUGUUUAACAUGUUGUACAUUGUUUGUGUUACCUAUAAUGACUGAUGUCAAAGAGAAGAAGGAGAGCCAGACACUAGCAGAGUGGAUAACAAACCUAUUGAAGGAAAAAGCGACUGUGAAUCCAAAUAAGCUGCCAGACAUUGCUUUGUCUCAGCAGGAGGAGAUCGAGUCAGGUGACCAGAUCCUCAUCAAGGCCAUCAAACGAAAGACGUGGUGUGGUGGAAAUUUCCCAUAAAGAAGCGGAUGAGAGUUUCCCUUUUGUGCGAUUUAUUGAAAUAAUAAAGAAAAUAAAAAUAAUGGGGAAAGCAAAUAAAAAGCAUGGAUGUUGAUCGUGCACAUCAACAAACCAAAAACCAGCUGGGGAGAUCAGUGCACACACCACGAAGGUGUGAUGCAAAGAGCCCACGAUCCUCAAGUUGCUUCUGCAUUUUAGCUUCUCUGUCUGACUAGGGUGGAAUGUCUGUCUAACCCAAUCAAAUUACAUGCACCCUCUCCUCCCUGACGCAGUGUGUGAAGAUUUUUACUUUCUCACACCUUGAACAAUCUCGGUGAAAUGCCAAAUGCAUACAGUAAGACAAGACAUAAAAUAUUAAAUGCAAAACAUAAAUCAUGAAACGUAUAAUAACUGCAUAGAAGUAAGGAAGACACAAUUUUUCCCAUGACACGUGGUCAAGUCCGCGGUGGGAGGAGCCGUACACUGUGGUACUCACUACACCGACGGCUGUAAAGAUCGAGAAGAGAGCUACGUGGAUCCAUCAAAACCACUGCAAGAGAGUUAUUCCCCUGGUUGGCACUGAGUAGGGGUGGACGUCGACCGGUAUCCAAACCUUUGGUCGCUGAAGAAACCAACAGAUCCCCUCUCCCAGCUAUGGCGCCAGUGGGUAAUCUCUGGGUAGUGGUCUGUGUCACAAUCUUUAUGAUUGGUUUGUUUGCUCUCAAUGUACUGUGGGAUGGCCAAAUGCUGAAUCUGUUUAGAGUGAAGAGACGGACUGGUACACCAGUGAAUGACUGGAACUGGAAAGACCUGGACCCCAACCACAAGCACCCGUUCGAGACCAUCAUGUGGUAUCAUUAUGUCAAGGUGUUAGCUAAGGCAUACAAUAAGUCGAAUUGUUUUGUGUGUUCUCACAUGCCGCAUUCAUCUUCUCACCUGACACCCUAUGCUACACCCAUGCCUUACCAUGAAAGGUUUUACUAAAGGUCUUACAAGGUUUAUACAAUGUUUCAACGUUCACAUUGAAAACUGAUUCAGAGAGAUGUGAUACUGAUGUUUAAUUGUCCUUGUAAUGACAAACAGGGGGGGAAUGUUGGAUAAAAUAUAUUUUCAUCUAUUAUUCAUCUCACUUAUCUUUGUUGUUUAUUCAUUUAUCUUUUUAUGUAUCAUUUACCCUUUUUACACUUACCAUUUAUGGUUUGCAUUUGCUGUGCCUUAUAACCACAUAGACAGUUGCACAGACGUCUAACCACAUGCUUAAGUACUUAUACAAGUAUUGUCAUAUACACAGGACAACUUUGUCACUUUCGCUUUGUGCUCCUGUUCAGGCGUAGGCGUUCAAAACCACAAGAGGGGACCUGUUAGUAUUGCUAUGACUACUUGGUUGUUUCCGCAUGUUAACAAGUGCACCAAUGAUGUGAUAUUAAAGGCGUGUACAAGCAUCAAUAAAAUGUUGUGCUUUGGGGAAGUUCGUUGGAGUUGGUGGUCUCUGAGUGAAGCGCUUACAGUGGUAGCGGUUCAAAGUGACUAGCGUUUUUACUGCAGUACCGACGCGUCGCCACGGUGUGUGGUGGAAAUUUCCCAUGAAGAGGCAGAUGAGAGAGUUGUCUUUUGUGUAAUUUAUUAUAAAAAAAUAGGAAAAUAAAAAUAAUUGGGAAAGCAAAUCAAAAGCAUGGAUGUUGAUCGUGCACAUCAACAAACCAAAAACCACCCGGGGAGAUCAGUGCACUCACCACGAAGGUGUGAUGCAAAGAGCCCACGAUCCUCAAGUUGCUUCUGCCUUUUAGCUUCUCUGUCCGACUAGGGUGGAAUGUCUUUCUAACCCAAUCAAAUUACAUGCACCAUCUCCUCCCUGUCGCAGUGUGUGUGAAGAUAUUUACAUUCUCACACCUGCAUCGCUGACGUCCAACUAUCUGUGAGGAAGGAGCACCAAGUCUCAACAGACAGAGACACAACUCCCCGACCUUGGGUUUGGGAGCUAGAGUUGAGAGUCUAUCAGGCAGAGACAACCAUUGAACAAUCUAGGUGAAAUGUCAAAUGCAUACAGUAAGACAAAACAGAACAUAAGUCAUAAAUCAUAUAAUAACUGCAUAAAAAUAAGGAAGAGACAAUUUUUCCCAUAACAGGUGCAGCGAGUGCGUUGCUGACUGAAGAUUUUUAAUCCUGCAGCCGGCUGAAAAAAAUCAGGCCGCUAGUCUCAUUUUAACCACCAGGUGGCGCAGCGUUGAUUAGAAGCCUCUAAAGCACUACAGCGUAACUGAGGUCCGACUGUUCAUUUCUACCUGUAACACACAUAUAUUACACCAGACCUAUUUUACUAUUAAGUUUUUCAAACGUGGGGAGUGUGAAGGGCAACAACUUGUUUAUGGCUUAGCUGUUUUCUGUCCACUGCAAAGUUAUAAUUGUUCUGUGUGGUUUAAAACAGGCAGCGCCACAGCAGCAACACGUUCUCGUUUUCAUUCUCCUCAGCGUUUUUGCGUCUUUAAAUAGCAGGCGUCUUUUAAAAAU